AUUUUGUAUUUUUUUGUGAAACAUGAAACUGAAAAGCAAAUGUCAAUAAAAACCUCUGAAAUUAAUGUGUAUAAAAAAACUCUUUUGAUACCAUAGUUGACAUAAAGAUUUGAAAUAUUUUUCUUGCUUCUUUUUAUCGUCUUCAUGUGACAAGCUUGCCAUCGAAUUUCUGAAUUCUGUUAUUUUCAAGUUGUUUUUAUAAUUUUUCCUAAGAAUUUUAAAGCACAAUGACGUCGUUGGUCGACGAGACCGAGGUGCCGAGCUACAACACAAGACUGAUCUUCUACCCACUCUUGCUACUCGCAUCCAGCAUCUGGAUCCUAUACAGAUGGCAGCAGAAGUCACGCAUGUACAAAUUCGCUGAGAAGAUCCCCGGACCUGCCAUUAUACCUUUCCUUGGAAACGCACUUCUCGUACUCAGGAAGAAACCCAGUGAACUGGUAAAAUUCGCCCUUGAGUAUGGAGAAAAGUUCGGCAACGUUGUCAGAGUGUGGAUGGGAUCAAACCUCAUCGUCUUCCUUACCGACCCAAAUGACGUUGAGAUCAUCCUCAACAGUCAGGUCCACAUCGACAAGUCCACUGAAUACAAAUUCUUCAAGCCCUGGCUUGGAGAGGGUCUCCUCAUCAGCACAGGUGACAAAUGGCGUGCACACAGGAAAAUGAUCGCUCCCACAUUCCAUAUCAACAUCUUGAAAUCUUUCGUUGGCAUCUUCAACCAGAACGGCAAGAAUGUCGUUGAAAAAAUGCGCCCAGAGAUCGGCAAGGAGUUCGACGUUCAUGACUACAUGAGCGGUGUCACCGUCGACAUUUUACUGGAAACUGCUAUGGGAAUUACCAGGAAGACCCAAGAUGAAUCUGGAUUUGACUACGCUAUGGCUGUAAUGAAGAUGUGCGACAUUAUCCACCAGAGGCAAUACAAAUUAUGGCUUCGUUUUGACUCCAUCUUCAACUAUACAAAUUUCUCCAAGCAACAGAAGCAACUCUUGGACGUCAUUCAUGGUCUUACCAACAAGGUUAUUAAGAACAAGAAAGAAACUUACCUAGAAAACAAAGCUAAGGGCGUCGUCCCACCAACCCUGGAGGAACUCACCAAGACCACUGAUGAGAACGUCCUUGCCAACAACGACAAAUCUCUUUCCGAAGACGUGUUCAAGGGUUACCGUGAUGACUUGGAUUUCAACGAUGAAAAUGACAUUGGUGAGAAGAAGCGUCUUGCUUUCUUGGACUUGAUGAUCGAAUCAUCCCAGAAUGGAACCAACAACAUUAGUGACCACGAAAUCAAGGAGGAAGUCGACACUAUCAUGUUUGAGGGACACGACACCACCGCCGCUGGCUCAAGUUUCGUGCUGUGCCUCUUGGGUGUCCACAAGCAGAUCCAAGACAGAGUUUACAAUGAACUCUACGAGAUCUUCGGUGACUCCGACAGACCCGCCACCUUUGCUGAUACCCUGCAGAUGAAAUACUUGGAAAGAGUCAUCCUUGAAUCCCUCAGAAUGUACCCACCAGUACCCAUCAUUGCCAGGAAAUUGAACCGUGACGUGAAGAUCUCCACCAACAACUACGUGCUGCCAGCUGGUGCUACCGUCGUCGUCGGUACCCUGAAGAUCCACCGCAACCCUCAGUACUACAAGAACCCCAACGUCUUCAACCCUGACAACUUCUUGCCUGAGAACACAUCCAACAGGCACUACUACAGCUACAUUCCAUUCAGUGCUGGACCCAGGAGUUGCGUCGGCCGCAAAUACGCUCUUCUGAAGCUGAAGGUCCUUCUGUCAACCAUCCUCCGUAACUACAAGGUGACGUCUGACGUGACUGAAGACCAGUUCGCUCUGCAGGCUGACAUCAUCCUCAAGAGGACUGAUGGCUUCAGGCUGAAGAUCCACCCCAGACAGAGGGUCCCAAUCCCCAACGUCGCUUAGAUCUACCAAAGAACGUACAUCUUCUUGUCUCCCUGAGAUAAGACAGUAACUGCGAUAUUAAACACUCAUUAUGACAUUACCCUAUAUUACUAUUAAGUCUUAUUUAUUAAUUUCAAAGAAUAUUUUAAAAUAUUCUAUAUUAUUUCACUCAAAUGGAAUACGGUUCAUAAAGCACGGCCAUUAUCGCUUUAGUAAGAGUCAUGUCAAUGGUGUUAUUGCGCAUUUACAAAACCUAAAUUAUGAAAUGCCUACCUAUUAAUAAAUUAUUCAUAAUUAA